CUACACAAACAUUUCUUUGAUUUUUUUUGUUUGAGUACUCAAAAGUUCUUCCUUUUACAAUUUUGCCAAUACUUUUUGUCGUCACAUCCAACAUGAAACCAACAUAGUAGCCGUUAGCCACCAUCUUAUUUCAAAUUCAAAAAUAAACAACCCAAAACAGCUAAUAUAAAAAUUCAUCAUCAUCUUCAUCUUCCCAAUUCAUCUUCACCUCGAUAAUCUUCAAUCACUUCCUUUCUCUUCCCUUUCUUUCCCAAAAUGCUCGCCGCCGAACUCCGCACUGUAUCGCCCCAUAUCCACCACCCAAAACAUGGUGGCCGACAACCAUUACAACCGAGAAACACCAUCCUUAUAACCACCAACCAUGAUCCUUCAAAGAAAACAAAAUACCAAACUCCCUUUUCAGUUUCAUCCUUACCCACGAUCAGCGAUGAUUCAAUGAAUAAUAAGGAGAACAUUCCUUUCAUCGAUUCCAUGGAUGCUUCCCUUGCUGAGGAGCUAACUGCAGUCAAGAAGAAGCUUGAGAGAAUCAAGUCUGACAAAGAUAAAACUGAGAAAAUGCUUCAAGAGCGUGAUCGAACUAUUGAGAUCCAAAUGAAUCAGCUUCUACAACGAGGAGAGUUUCAGAAAGAACUCGAACUUGAGGUUGAUCGCCUUUUUAGAUUGAAUCAGCUCAAACUCGCUUCCAUGAGGAUGUCACCAAUUCGGUCCCUGAGAGAGAAAGAAGUGGAGAAGAACAACAAAAAUACGCAAUUUGAGCUAAAUGUUAAUGAAAAAUCAGAGGAAAGUAAGGAGGAAUUGAAUGAUAAGAUGAGCACAACAGAGAGUCCAAUCUUGAGCCUUACGAGUUCAUCGGCGUCCGCAUCGACUGCUUCCAAAUCUACGGCUACAUCUAAAAUUGUAGUACCAAUCCCAGUAAAAUUGAGCUUGGAAAGUGAUUUUGAUGAUGAGCAAGAGUUUUUUUAUAUUAUGGUAAAGGAUUAGGAAAUCUUCAACCAUGGUUGAUUGAUUUAAGAUUUUGUUCGAAGUUAUUGUGUUCCCACUAAAUAUGCAAUGUCAUAGACAAGUAUGUUGCUUAAUGGUGAUAAUGGUAAUAUAAAGUUGCAAUUAUUAUGGGCUAUAAUUUUUAUGUCUAUUUGAAAUUAAUUACUCCGUUAAAUACUCACAUCUAAUUAUAACAUAUUGCAUGGAAAAAUAUUAUUAUCAGUAACAAGUAUAAUGAAACGGAG